AUGGGUCUGCGCCUUCUGCUGGCACUCUGUGGCCUGGCCACUUGCUGCAGGGCUACGUCUGUGCCCCUGGUGGUCCCCGAGGCCUUGCAUCUCCUCUCCCGGGGCUGCAAUGACUCAGAUGUGCUGGCUGUUGCGGGCUUCGCCCUGAAGGACAUCAACAAGGACCGAGAGGAUGGCUAUGUGCUGAGCCUCAACCGAGUCAGUGACGUCUGGGAACACAGACAGGAUGGUCUGGGAUCCCUGUUCUAUCUCACACUGGAUGUGUUGGAGACGGACUGCCAUGUGCUCAGCAAGAAGUUGUGGAAGGACUGUGGGGUGAGGAUGUUGCAUGAAUCGGUUUACGGUCAAUGCAAAGUGGCGUUUUAUGUUAACAAGCCAAGAAGAGUUCUCUAUUUACAUGCCUAUAACUGUACUCUUCGCCCAGUUUCUCGAAGAAUGAUUCAUGAUACAUGUCCUGACUGCCCCGCUCCCAGCACCACUGACUUGUCAAAUCCCCGUGUUUUGGAAGCUGCCACUGAGUCUCUUGCAAAAUACAAUAAUGAGAGCACCUCCAAGCAGUACUCUCUGGUCAAAAUCACCAAGGCUUCCACCCAGUGGGUGGUUGGCCCUGCUUACUUUGUGAAGUAUUUGAUUAAAGAGUCACCAUGUACCAAGUCCCAGGCCAGCAGCUGCUCGCUUCAACUCUCAGACUCUAAGCCCGCUGGUCUGUGUAAAGGUCAACUGAUUAAAACAGACAUGAAAACGUCUGUUUCUGCAGAAUGUGAAUUCUUUGAAUCACAGGUUCCUGCUCCAGAAGGUGAAAACUCUGCUGCUAAGCAGGGGCCUGAGAACCUCCCCAAGGUGAAGGAGUCCCAGCAGGAAGGCACUGCCUCCACCAACCCAUCCUCAAAGGCUGUGCCAAGAGGGUCUGUCCAAUACCUCCCCGACUUGGAUGAUGGGAAGCCAGAAGGUUCCCAGGAAAAGGACCUUCAUGAGGCCUUCCCUGUACAGCUGGAGCUGACCACCAACCCCCUGGGAGAAGAACUGGAUGUCUCCUUCCUCUUCCUGUGGCCAGUGAAGGAGAAGCUGCUUGUUCUGCCUUUCCCCAAAAGAAAUCACCGCUCUUCUGAGUGCCCAGGGCCAGCCCAGAUGGGCAACCCUCUUGUUCUCCCGCCAUGAGGACCACUUAGAGGAUUCCUCAGGGGAGAGGUGCCCUGUGUGAGAAUACAGGUGGUGGGGAAGGGGCAGAGAGAGAAUUCAGAUGCUGACAGGGGCUAAUAAAGUUUGUUUUUUGACGUGCCUUGGUCUCAAUCAUGUUGGCUUGGAGUGGAGAAAAUGGGACUGUCUCCUACACACCUGGGUGCAACCCCCUCACCUGCCCAAGGCCUUGUGCCAUGGAGAGAUGCCUCUCUGUGUCUUCAACCUCUUGCUUGUAGAAGAUUUUAUCCUUUCAGCUUGCAGAUAUACACAAAUCUCUGUACUCAAAAUAAUAAUAAUAAAGCAAUGAUUAAAUAUAUUGUCUCUAAUGCCAAGAUAUACAAGAAACCAAGACCGAGUAGAGAG